CAUGGACGCGGUCGACUCCGUGGUGGACCCCCUCCGCGAGUUCGCCAAGGACAGCGUCCGCCUCGUCAAGCGCUGCCACAAGCCUGACCGCAAGGAGUUCACCAAGGUGGCGGCGCGGACGGCGAUCGGGUUCGUCGUCAUGGGGUUCGUCGGCUUCUUCGUCAAGCUCAUCUUCAUCCCCAUCAACAACAUCAUCGUCGGCUCCGGCUAGAUGGCAAGCACCAUUUUGUUGGUUCCUGUCUUGCCAAUGUCUACAGCAAUGUGUGCGUCCUCUGUCUCAUCUGUGGCAUUACCGUAGGGCAACUCAUAAUGGGCCUAUCAAGCAUACUGACCUUGUGAUGAUAGAUAAAGAGGUUGAU